CUUAGAACAACCUUGGCCCAUCUUUAAGCUUGUCGCUACUACAUUUACGUCUUUCAUUUUAUUGUCUAUGUACAUAAGUUACUGAAUGGAAUCGAAUAAUCAACAAACAAAUGUUAAGAAGCCUAUCCGCGUAUGGGUUGAUGGAUGUUUUGACCUAGUUCAUUUCGGUCAUGCAAAUGCUCUUCGUCAAGCUAAAGCUCUUGGUGAUCAACUUAUUGUCGGUGUUCAUUCAGAUAAGGAAAUUACAAAACAUAAAGGUCCACCAGUUUUUCAUGAACAAGAACGUUAUCGACUUAUCAAGGCUAUGAAAUGGGUAGAUGAGGUUGUAGAAGAUGCACCAUACUUCACUUACUUAGAAACAUUGGAUAAAUAUUCAUGUGAUUUCUGUGUACAUGGAGGUAUGUGGGAUUGUUUCUUGUAAACAAACAAACCGAGAGAACAUCUCGUGAUGUUGGUGGUGGUUGUGGUGGUCCUAUUCUAUGUUUUGAGUAAAUUCUUGUUAUUGCACGCAAAUUUUUUUAUUCUAAUUAUUGACUAUUUUAAUUGUCCUCAUCAU